UUGCCUCAGUAUGAGCAGCCUGGCUUUGUACCGUGGCAUCUACACGGAGGAGCGCUUCCAGCAGGUCUAUGGGGCUCCGAAGCCAGACCCCAAGGGUAGCAACCUGGCCGGAAUGCUGAAGGGAAAACUGAGCCGGAGCUGUCAGUGCUCCAGGGCAGCUGCCUUGCACUUGCUUCGAAGGCGGUUUCCCAUUGCAAGCUGGCUGCCCAGGUACCAGACCAAGAAGUGGCUUUUGGGAGAUAUAGUGUCAGGACUGACGGUGGGCAUUGUACACAUCCCACAAGGAAUGGCUUUUGCUUUGCUCACUUCCGUAGCACCCAUCUAUGGGCUCUACACUUCGUUCUUCCCUGCGCUGCUGUACAUGCUCUUCGGUACCGGACGUCACGUCUCCACAGGCACUUUUGCUGUGGUCAGUCUGAUGACAGGCUCAGUGGUGGAGCAUUUGGUCCCUCAACCCCUGCAGUCCAACAGUUCAAGCCCUGCCGAUGUGGCUGUCGUGGAGAGGCAACGCAUUGGGGUGGCUGCGGCCAUGGCCUUUCUGGUGGGACUCCUCAUGAUACUGAUGUUUGUGCUUCACCUGGGCUUCCUCUCCACCUACCUCUCAGAGCCUGUCGUCAAGGCCUUUACCAGUGGAGCUGCCUUGCAUGUUGUGGUGUCUCAGCUCCAAAGCCUGCUGGGUUUGCCCAUACCACGUCCUGAUGGCUGCUUUGCAAUCUUCAAGACACUGGCAUCUGUUGUAGAAGCCUUGCCCUUAACCAACAUUGCUGAACUGCUUAUCUCAGGCCUCUGCUUGGCUGUGUUGGUGCCCAUCAAGGAGAUCAACAACCGCUAUCGAAGUCGGAUGUGGGUUCCCAUCCCAGGAGAGAUCAUCAUGGUCCUCUUGGCCACUGGGAUCUGCUUUGCAUCCUCCCUAAACGCUAACUAUAAGGUGCAGAUAGUUGGACACCUCCCAGCAGGGUUCCCACAGCCCAAGCUCCCAGCCCUGCAUCUGCUGCCCCAAGUGCUGGGUGACACGGUGGCCCUCACUUUCGUGGCCUACGCCAUCUCAGUGUCCCUGGCCAUGAUCUACGCUGAGAAGCACCACUAUGCCAUUGACCCCAACCAGGAACUUCUGGCUCAUGGUCUCUCAAACCUGGUCUCGUCCUUGUUCACCUGUUUCCCAAGUUCAGCCACACUGGCUACAACCAACAUCUUGGAGAGUGCUGGUGGACACACGCAGCUCUCUGGCCUCUUCACCAGCGCUGUUGUCCUCGUCGUCCUGAUCUGGAUUGGGCCGCUCUUCUACUACUUGCCCAAAGCCGUCCUCGCUUGUAUCAACAUCACCAGCCUUCGGCAGAUGUUUCUGCAGUUCCAAGAUCUGCCCGAGUUGUGGAGGACGAGCCACAUUGACUUUGCUGUCUGGGUGGUCACGUGGCUUGCUGUGGUUGUGCUCAGUGUGGACCUAGGCCUGGCUGUCGGGGUUGUGUUCUCCAUGAUGACAGUGGUGUGCCGCACACAGAGGGCUGAGUGCUCGGUGCUGGGCAGGGCAGCUGACACAGAGAUCUACAAACCUGUGCAGUACAACAGCAAGUGCUUCGAAAUCCCAGGUGUGAAGAUAUUAAGUUACCAGUCCCCCAUCUAUUAUGGAAACCGUGGCUUCUUUCGUGAUGCUGUGAUCCGUUUUGUGGGGCUAGAUCAGGAAUUACAGCAGCCUGAGGAGGACCAAAAUCCAGACAUCAGGAUGAAAAUGGACAUCAGCACUGUGGAGGGCAGUAUCUCUGUCCUGGACAAGAAGCACAGUCCAGGCACAGCAGUACAGGCUGUGAUUCUUGACUGCAGCGGAGUGUCCUUUGUUGACUCAGCUGGAGCCCGGCUCCUUAUCCAGCUGUGCACAGAAUGUCAACAAGCAGGCAUUCGGAUGCAUCUGGCUGCCUGUAAUGUCCAUGUGCUACAAACGUUGAGCUUCUGUGGCCUGAUGCACCACCUCCCUCCGCAGCAGAUUUUUGUGACCGUCCAUGAUGCGGCUUCCUAUCUCCAGCAGACCACGGAAAGUGUUGAACAGAAGGACCCAACCAUCUGGGUAUAAGCUGCCUACCAAGGGGUCAAGGACGUUAUCAAUCCAUCCAUGUGUACCAGGACAAAGACUGAGUUUACACAGACGUGCUGGAGGCAGCUGGCUGCCCACAAGACCAACAUGGCCUUGCCUGCUACCCGGAGGCCUGGCUAGUGAAGCCUGGACACCCGGAGGAAAGCGGCAGCGGGUCGAGAUGAGCAGAGUCCUCAGACUGAGCAAAUGCCUCCUUUGGCCAAGAGUUGCCUGGCCUGAAAUUAGCCCACCACUGUGCUGGCAGAGGAAAGCAGCGUGCCGCCACUUUCUCGCUCUCUUUACGCAGGCCCCUGCUCAUAAGCUUCAAUGUACAAAAUCAGAACAAAACAAGUUUAUUUUAUUUUCUUUCAUUCUUUUUAAAGGAUGCUUUAUUCCCUUCCCUAAAGUAUUUCCUUUGCAGAAAAAAAAACAAAACCCAGCUUGAAGUAAUUACCAGAAAAGUAAUUGAGAUCAAAGGAAAUUGACAGGACAGCCAGCCCCCUUCCGCUCCCCCCCCCCCAGGAUUAAGGGGAGCAUAGUGAGGCAGAUGGCAUAAGACUCCAAGGAGGGAGGAGGACCAGGUAGUUUGGAACAAGGGGCAGCCGAUUCUAUUUAAGGUGCAAUCAGAUGGAGAUACAGCUUGUGUUUGGGACAGCAUGUGGCAUGGUGCAGUAGGAGCUAUUGUACGGUGAUCAGAAGAUGUACAGGAGACUGCAAACCAACCUGACCCACUUCUGUGCCCAAUCUAGAUCUUUUGGGUCCAGUGGCUACUUUUUUUUGGCACUGGGCUGGAGUGAUUCCUGUAUGCCCAGAAGGCUCACCGUAAGGUUGAUUGCUCCCAGCGAUGCAACCCUUUCCAGUACAAUCAAGCACAAUGAUGUAUCACCGUCUGACUACACUCUUAAUUCCGCUUUCAAGCUGGAGCAGCUCUCCUUUCCUUCCUUUCCAGCACAACGCAAGAGAGACUGCUAGCAAGUGGGUAAGCAGAGACUCGGUUGCCUCAGUACCUCUUGCGACAAGAAUGUGCUACUAGUUAAGGAACAUUUGUGAUGCAAAGUUUUGUAGACAGAGAAAUCCUUUUUUUUCAUCACUCACUGAGGGAAGUCAUUGCUAACUCUGUAGCAAUCCCUCCUAGAGACAGCUCUGAACUUGCCACCUUUCCCACUCCGG